UCAAAGUUUUUUGUAGUAAUUUUGUUUUACAACAAAUACUAUUAUUAUGUUCUAACGAAAGCUAUGCGAUAGCUCGGGAAUAGUACUUAACGUAUAGAAGUGGUGUGGGCGAUUAUGUCUAAUGUUUGUGCGAGGACGCGGAUUUUCUAAGAUGCCGUGCGAAAGUUGUGCCGUGCAGUUCAGUGUAUUUAGACGAAAGCGGGCAUGUUCGGAGUGCGAGAGACACUACUGCAGUGACUGUCUUCGCAGGGGAGGUGGGACUAUGUGCGGGCCGUGCAGAGUUCUGUCUACCCGUCCCCUGUCUCGUCAAACUAUAUCACACCUGAAAGUUCGAGACCUUCAGUGCUUCCUACAACGACAGAAUAUCUCCACCAGAGGAUGUGUCGAGAAGGAGGAACUUGUGAGCCUGUGUGUAUCGCAUGUGAACAGCGGCUCAUACCGACGGCGCGGAGCGAGGACGGGCACCUUCACUGGCACACUCAAGGGACUCACCAACAACAUCAAUGAACUGAUCAACUCCGCCUUCGACAUACGACCCACUGCACAGCCCGCACCACCACCUUCCAGAAGUAGUUGCUUCAACUCCAUGCAUGAUCAUGUCAGCAGAGCUCAGCCAAGGUCACCACAACAGCCAACACACAGGACAACAAUACCUGACAACAGGUUUACAACAAGACCUGGCGGAGAGCCGGACAUCGAGGUGCCGCUGCCGACGCCGGAAACGCCGGAGACGCCGAGCAGCGCGAGCGCGGGCUCCCCGCGCGUCGACACACACGACUGCUACGAGAUUGAGGACGAGGAUGACGCCGGCUGGGAGUUCGUCACGCGCCCCGCCGACCCGCUGCCCAAUGACUCUGAGGACCUGUUGACGGCGGCCAGCUCACCCCCGCGCCGCGCGACGUCCGAACUGGAGCUGCGGUCGCUGGGGGCGGAGCCGCGCUCGGCCUCGCCCCUCUCCCCGGCCUCGCCGCGCUCCCCGCCCGCCGCCUCCUCCAGCGGCAGCCUGCAGAGCGACCUGGCGCCCCCGGCGCCGCCGCCCCGCGCGCGUUCCGCCUCGCACAGUGAUCUCAGUUUUGACGCGCCUCAACCCGCCGGUGGAAGCACGAACCUGGAACAGAUGCGGUCUCCAGAGGAGCUGGAGGCGCUCAGCGUGCGGCAGCUGAAGGAGCUGCUGGCGCGGAACCGCGUGGAGUACCGCGGCGCCGUCGAGCGAGCUGACCUGCUGCAGCGCGCGCGCCUGCUGUACGCUGACCACCAUAAGUACAGGAGCGAAAUCGAGAACCUACCCCUGGAGGAGUGCUGCAAGAUCUGCAUGGCGGCGCCGCUUGAAUGCGUGCUGCUCGAGUGCGGGCACAUAGCCGCUUGCACCGAAUGCUCGCGCCAGCUCGCCGAGUGCCCCAUCUGCCGGCAGUAUAUAGUGCGAGCUGUACGAUUCUUCCGCUCCUGAGGCUGAAGUUAAGUGUUUGUGAGGUGUUAUGGCAAGUAAAGUGUUUAAGCGCGUUUGGUGGGGCCUAAAAGGCGUUUUGUGGUUAUAUAAUUGUGCUCUAUGAGUCAUUUUGUGGCGUGUGGGUCGUUUUGAGGCCCGUGGGCAUUUUGUGCCCCGUAAGGCGUGCCCAGUGAGGUGUUAUGUAGGUAUAUUACAUAGCCGAUGUACAGUACCGUACGAGGCUAAAUACGAAUGCGUAGAGGCCUCCAGACUCUUGUCUUAUCACCUAUGACACAAAUAUAAUAUCAACUUUGAUUAUGUCUUUUGAGAAUGAUCUCUCUCUCAUUCAUUCAGUUUAUACAAUAGAAAUGCGAUGACUACUGAGAUACAUUAACAAGGUGGUAAGUAUAUCAAUAUUGUCGUAACUAACGUGAACAGAGUAUUGAAAAUACACAAAGCCAACCAUAUUUUAUGACAGUGUUGCUUACCUUUUGACAAUUCUAACUCGCUUAGAACAUUAAGGUGAUUCAAAAGUAAACACGAUGUAACAACUAUAUAAAACUAGUGCAAAACCGCUUUUACGCUUGCUUAUAUUAUGCAAAAUGUAAGGAAGUAUGAUAGACAGUAUAUAUUAUACUGUAUACAUAAAUUAAGACAAUUAACUAGCCGACCUUGCCAUUGUGUCACGGGUGACAGUCUGUGGCUUAAGUUUGAGCAGCAUUUGAGAAUUAUUAUUGGUUUUAUGCCAUGUAGACAAUAGUUUAAUUCUUUCUACACUCUAUUCCAAUUCCAAGUAAAUUUAAAAAAGCGGAAAUGCUACUAAUUUAAAUGUAAUUUAUUUAACAUGCCUAAAAGAAUUUCUAUGACUCAAAAUAUGUUUUUUACGUUUAAUUGGAACAGAGUAUAGACUAUAUUACAGGGUUUAAUUAUUGUAUGAUAAUAGUGGGAAUAAUACUGUUUAGUGUUUGCUAAAAUUCUUUCAUUCUUUCAGACUUUGUAAGAUUAAAAGAUAGACCGCACUACGCGACAGCGACGCGACGCGACACUUCGUCACACACAAUCGUCAGAUUCACGUUUGUAAAACUGACGACCGAAAACGUUGAAUCUGACGUUUUCGGUUUUACGAACGUCAGUUCUAUGGAACGUGAAGUGUCGCGUAGUGUUGUGUACUUGUGUCGCUUUAGUGCGGUCUCGCCUUCAAUGGCCUUCAACCUUUUCCUAUGUUACACCUUUUAAUAUCCAAGUUUAAUAAUAUUACUCACUUUACAUCUUUACUGAAGCUGGCCAUACAAGUGCCGUCUAUUCAGAAUGGUUUCACAUCACAUGUUCUAAGUAAAAUGGGUUAAAUGGGAUUUCAGUCGAUGGACAGCUUGUGUAUGACCUGCUUUCAAUAAAUAUAACCUUUCUAUUAAUGUUUAUAUCAUACAGUAGACUGCAAAUCGACGCGUAGAUGCAGUUCUAAAAUUGUACUCAAUUGACAGAUUUCAAUUGCGUCAGGCCUGUCCCACUCGCGCCUUUAGGUA